CAUUCACUACCAGCCUCACUUAGCCCUGUGCCUCUGCCAGCCCCCUCCAGAUGCAUCAGUCUAGAACCGGCUGCAAGUAAUGCUUCGGUUACGGCAUGGAGGGAACUGUUUCAUUCGGGAUGAUCUGACUCAGAAAUAGAGCUGCCCCUACUUCUUUCCCCUGCCCUGCCUUGUCCUGCCCUACAAGGCAAGGGAAGGCAAUCCAGCCUCUCUCCAGCCUCUCUCCCCAACCCUUAAGCAACUGAAGGCAGGUGUAAUUAAAGGAGCCAAGUCGCGGGCAGAGACUCGGACCUUCGGUCACGGCUUCUGGAACUCAGUUCUGGGGCUCCCUUCAGCACCUUGGAGAACUCCUGCCCACGGGAUCUCUAGAUGGCGCCUUAGCAGAGAGAGCCGUUGGGAGAUACCAGUGAACCCGACACCCUCCCUACAGCUUGCCCAGAGGAGGGACCCACCCGAUACCAGCCCUAUAGGGUCGAGCAGAUGCAAUUGAAGCACUUUGGACAGAUUUCCCCAAUCUACCUGGACUGAAGCUGCGGCUUCAGACCCUGAGCAGUCUCUCUAGCUCAUACGAGGGAGGCAUGGAGGACGACGAAGAGAGAAACAUAGACACAUGCAUUUUCUCCUUUCCGUCAGUCCAGGGUGACCUUUAUCAAUAGGAGCAGAUCAGCUUCAAUCUCCAGGACAGUUUCCUAGUGGGCUGGGGAGAGGCGGCGGUCGACAAACUCUACCCUCAUGGCUCUGGGUGAAAUUAUUCAUCCUGAAAUGCGCGUUGCUUGUUUGUUUAAGUUUAUUCAAAUCCACGUUUCUGGCAUUUUAAAGGGAAAAUGCAACUGCCUCGAGAUCAGAAGUGAUAGAAAAAAUUUAGGUACCUAUGAAUAAGAGCCGCCUGCCUGCAGCAAGCUGAGGCUAGGAACCUAUCUGAGGAAUUUCAACUCCUGUCAGAGGAACUGGCCGCUGAGUGUAAAGUCCUUUAAAAUGUUCGGGGUUUUCAUGCAUCAUUUUAAAUGUAUACUUUGCCUAGAGUCUACUCCAUUUUCUUCCUAUUACCAUUCCUGGUAGAACCUUCUCUCGCCUCCACCUCCCCCAUCUUUCUACUGGGUUCUGUGGACAUACGUAGCAAGACAGAGCUAGGGUUUGGAGCUCCCUGCAAUUGCUUUGACUUUUGAUUUUUUUAACUUCUUCCUGGAUUACAAGAUUGGAUGGUGCACCGCUAAGUCCAGAAACCCCGAUGAGCCGCAGUGUUAGGAAGAAUGCUGGUGUGAGUGUGUAUUUGUACUGUGGUGUGUGUGGGGGUGCAAGAAAAAACAACUUUGGAGCCCCAAAGCCCCCCUUUCCUCCUCAUGCAAGUUUCUUUGGAAGUCGUACAAUGAGGAAUUCUUUUGCAUAUAGCUGAGGGCAAAGCCCAAACAGUACCUGGGGGAGGGGGGCAACGCUGCAACGGGAAGGGGAAAUAAUAUUUGUCCCCAGUAUUCUCUACAAUCAACGAUGGCAAAUGAACCGGUGAUUUUGAAUGUCUAUGAUAUGUACUGGAUCAAUGAGUACACCUCUACUCUGGGCAUUGGUGUGUUCCAUUCAGGCAUCGAGAUUUACGGCCGAGAGUUUGCCUAUGGGGGGCAUCCUUAUCCUUUCAGCGGGAUCUUUGAGAUUACACCUGGAAGUGCAGUGGAGCUUGGAGAAACCUUUAAAUUCAAAGAAGCCAUAGCCCUUGGCACCACUGACUUCACAGAAGAAGAUGUGGACAAGAUCUUGGAGGAGAUGGGAAAGGAAUACAAAGGCAAUGCCUACCACCUCAUGCACAAGAACUGCAACCACUUCUCAGAUGCCCUGGCAGAGAUCCUGUGUGGUCGGGAGAUACCUCGUUGGGUGAACCGCCUGGCCUACUUCAGCUCAUGCAUCCCUUUUCUACAGAGCUGUCUCCCCAAGGAAUGGCUCACCCCAGCAGCCCUGCAGACCCAUAUCGGCCUUGGUCUACGCAAAGAAGACUCAGGCAGCACAGCAGAUGAGGAAGUUCCCUCCACCUCAGGUGCAACGAGGACCUGCAAACACACCCGUGUCUGAGCUGGGCCCUGCCAUCAUCCUCUGUACUCUCUUCUCUUAGCCAUCUGCCUCACUAUUCCACCGUAGACUUCUUCUAUCCCUUGUCAACCUUGUUUUACUUUUCCUGUUCUCCUCCAAGGAGGCUGGGGUGUUCCUAGCCUCCAGUGCUCUUGUUGACAAGACACUGAACCACCUCACUGUUCUAUUGGGCCACUGAAGACCUCCAUGACACCAUGACACAUAUGAAUGAAUGGGGAAGGCCUCCUUCUAAAUUGUUAGAUUCUGUGGGAUGGAAGACUGGGGGACUGAGGUAGCUUUAAGCUCUCCCCACAUCAGAAGAGUUGUUCUUAUUCUAUAGUAUACCUGGACAAUCCCAUCCUUGACACAGCUUUACUGUCCCCAUAGACCCCUUAUUAUCAAAGGAGGGGAGAGGAGCUAUUCAGGGCAAUGUUUCCAUCAGACCAGCAGCAACAGCCCCUCCCCCCAAACAUUCUCCCAUUUGGGGGGAUCAAGGAUUUUCUGAGGCAUUUGGAUAACAGGGUGACGCUCUCCAGAUUUUCCACUGGAGGAUGUAUGUAUGUAUGUGUGUGUGUGUGUUUUAGGUGAUGUUUUAUAUUUAAAAAAUCAUAGGACUUCACUAACAAAGACAGCAGAGAGAGAUUUGUUCUGGGGGUAGAGUAGAAUUAGAAUAGGGAAAGAAGAGGGCUAAGCAUAUGAAUGAAGUUGGUAGAGAAACCUUUUAAAAAUGAGACAAAACAAUUUCUGGGGUGUCUCUCCUUGAGCCCUUGUUGUGGACUGCACAACACUGUAAGGCAACUAAAAGUAGCACCCUUUCUCUUAAUAGCUGUCUUCCUCCCAUCCCUGACCCAAUGGGAAAAAUGAUGAACAGUCAAGAGUUGUCUCUUCAGCUCUCCUUUUCCUUUUUAUCUGUCACUGAGGCUUGCCCUUCACUGGGCUAGGGAAAUAUUCAUGAGAGUUCUGUAUGAGUUUCUAAGUAUGAGAGCCCAGAAGAUAUCAUUUGAUGAGAGGAACGCAGAGCCAGAAAGAUCUGCUUCCAGCAACUUAUCAGUCAUAGCCCAUUGAGGCACCUCCUCAGGUUUCUCCAGAGGCCUCCUAGCUCUGCAGGAGGUCAACCCUGUGCUUCUCCUAAAUCCUGGGAGGGGUCUACGCUUGUCUUAGGGGACAAAAGAUUAAGGGGUCAUAGAAUAUCAUGACUGAAAGAGACCUUAGAGAUAAUAUAGUCCAACCAUAAGAUUUUACAGAUGAAGUAGCAGCCCUGGUGAGAUGAAAUGACCUGUUUUCUGCCACAUGGCUAAUUAACAACAAUGACAAGAUUAGGAUCUAGGUCACUUAACUCUCCAUAUGAAAUGACCCUUCCAUUCACCAUAGGUUUAGAAAGUAGGGUAGGAAGGAAUGAGUUUUCCUCUGAAGUUGAUACCAUCUGGUGGUGACUGUGUGUAUGUGUAUGUGUAUGUGUGUGUGGGUAUGUGUAAAGAGAAAUAGGUGAAUGCUCAUAUGAUCAAUGCCCAUGCAUAGGUCAGGAGCAAAACAAAGUGUCAUAUAUGUGUGCACAAGAAUGACUGUAAACAUGUACAGCAUGGGGAGAAGUUUAGAAGAGUAUCUGUUUAUACAUGCAGUAUUUGAGUAUGUGUGCUUAGGAGGAUACUAGCAAAAACUAUUUUCAGAAGAAGCACCUGUUUCCCUAGGGACUGCUGUGGUCAGCAACCCUUCUUUUUUCUCCAAGAAAGCAGAUGGAGGGCUCUGGUAGCCUUUGACAUGACAUCAUGUCUCUGUUGAAAAUGAAAACAGUGGUGCCUGGGAGAUAUGAAAAGAGAGGAUUCAAGUCAAUUACCAUUUGAUAUGAGAUAGUCAGUUUCCAAAUGGAUUUAUUCCAAUGACAAAGCCUCCUUAUAGUCUCUAUAUACAACGUGAAGUUUAUGUACCAUGGAUGAUCCAUUCACCUCUCCUAAGGAGCUGCAUUCCUUAGUUAGGAGGGCUAGAUUCUUGGAAUCCUGUUGGUUUUAGUUUAAGGUGUGUGUAUGUGUGUGUGUGUGUGUGUGUGUGUGUGUUUACUAUCAAUUUCUUGCCUCUGUCAUUCAUUUCUCUUACUCCACAAUUUUUCUCCGAUGUGAAUACACAUUUUCUUUCUAGUGGUGGUUCAUCUGGUAGUUAACAGAAAAAAAUGUAAUAAGAAACACUGGAUUCACCUUUCUUACUCUUGACAAGACAAAUAGACUGGUAUGGUAUCUGGGUGGCUCUUUCUGGGACUCUGCCAGACUGCUUCGUUUUCCUGAUGGAAGUCAUGGGUUUCUGUUCCAAGAAAAGUUGAAUUGCCACAAAUGAGGAAAAAUGCCAUGGCUGAGCCAGGCUUUUUAUUGUUUUCUCUAGAAAUGGGAGUUAACCCAAACAUAAUUCAGACAUUCUUAAAAUAAAUUAAAAACAAACCAAAAAUGAAUUGGAAAGACAGUUUCUGUGGCUCACCAUCAUUUGCAAUGGGAUUGUAUACAUCAUGUAGCACCACUAUAUUGCAUUUUUUGUGCUCUUCUCAAUUUCCUAUCUAAUCCCUCUGCUAGCCAGAGGUAGCAUUCACACAUCAGGCAGCUGGUUUCUAAAAGAACUGGUACAUUGUACUGACAUGAAUCAGAUCCACCCACAGAAUCAGAUCAAAACAUUUGAUCAAUCUGGGCAUUUUUAUGGAUAACUCAACCUCCACAUAUUUUUCACAUGAAAUUUUGUCUACUGCCCCACUCCCAUCCUAUACCUAUACUUUUCUAAACUAAAUGCAGAGCUUUCUAUCUGUUCCUAUUAAAGUUCACUUCUCUGGUUUGGACACAUUGUUUUUGCCUGUUAAGGUGCCUAGAAAACACAUUCAGUGAAGAAGGGCUGAAGGAAUUAGGAUUAUAUAAUUUGGGGAAGAGAAGGCUGAGAGGUGACAGUCACUGUAGUCAAAUUUAUGAAAGAUUUAUGAGGAAGAUAUCAACAAUUAUUCUGUAUCUGUGGAUGAGCAAAUAAUGAGAAAUGGGCCUAAAUAAAGACCAAAAAAGCUUUGAUCCUCAAGAAAUGACAGAAUCACAAGUAAUUACAGCUUGAAUGAACAUUGGAGAGCACAUAGUCACAGAAUCACAGAGUUGAGAGGUACUAAAGAGGUAAUUUAGUCCAAAUGGAAUCUAAAUAGGGGCAGUUAAAUGGCACAGUAGAGUUCCAGGCAAAAAGUCAGGAAGACUCAUCUUCCUGAGUUCAAAUCUA